UGCACUAGCACGGCGCGUGCGCGGCGCGGAUCAGCUGAGCGGUCAGGUGGUGUCGGGCGGCCGUGUCACCGACUCGCGGGACGGCUCCUUCCUCAGGCGACAUGGGCUCCUUCAACGAACUCUACUUCAACGUGAACGACGGUUACCUGGAGGGACUGGUGAGGGGCUUCAAGGCUGGCAUCUUGUCGCAGGGCGACUACCUGAAUCUGGUGCAGUGCGAGACCUUGGAAGAUCUGAAGCUCCAUCUUCAGAGCACGGACUAUGGCAAUUUCCUGGCAAACGAGGCCUCCCCACUCACCGUGUCAGUAAUUGAUGACAAAUUGAAGGAGAAGAUGGUGGUUGAAUUCAGGCACAUGAGGAACCAUGCAUACGAGCCACUGGCGAGCUUUCUGGACUUUAUCACGUACAGCUACAUGAUCGAUAACGUAAUUCUCCUGAUCACUGGAACGUUACACCAACGAUCCAUUUCUGAACUAGUUCCAAAGUGCCAUCCCUUAGGCAGCUUUGAACAAAUGGAGGCUGUAAAUAUUGCUCAGACACCAGCAGAACUUUACAAUGCCAUCUUGGUUGAUACUCCUUUAGCUGCAUUUUUCCAGGACUGUAUAUCAGAACAGGACCUUGAUGAAAUGAAUAUUGAAAUUAUUCGUAAUACGCUGUACAAGGCAUAUCUUGAAUCGUUUUACAAGUUCUGCAAAAUGUUGGGAGGUACAACUGCUGAUGCCAUGUGUCCUAUUUUGGAGUUUGAAGCAGACAGGCGUGCUUUCAUCAUCACCAUAAACUCUUUUGGGACCGAACUUUCUAAAGAAGAUCGAGCUAAACUGUUCCCUCAUUGCGGAAAACUAUAUCCUGAAGGACUUGCUCAAUUAGCUAGAGCUGAUGACUAUGAGCAGGUGAAGACUGUUGCGGACUAUUAUCCAGAAUACAAACUACUGUUUGAAGGAGCUGGCAGUAAUCCUGGAGACAAAACACUUGAGGAUAGAUUUUUUGAACACGAGGUAAAACUGAACAAGUUGGCAUUCUUGAAUCAAUUCCACUUUGGUGUCUUCUAUGCAUAUGUGAAGCUUAAAGAACAGGAAUGCAGGAAUAUUGUAUGGAUCGCAGAGUGUAUUGCACAGAGGCACAGGGCCAAGAUUGAUAACUAUAUUCCCAUCUUCUGAAAUCUCAAUCUGCUGCUGAUACAUGAAGUGCUAAUUGCAUUCAUCUCCCUGCACUGUUUCUAGUUAAGAAUGUUUUCAUUUGUAAAGCUUGUGUUGCGUUUCCUGGAUAUAUUCCACGUCAUUUUUAUUUAAAAGACAUUGCUGGCAAUCUAACCUGUAACCACUUCCUUGAUCUAACAUUAAGACGAUGUAACACCAGAUCCUUGUUAAUACUUAUAAAUAAUUUUAAUUAUGGUAAUCUUUGCAGCAUUUGCAAGUUGAUUUUGCUAAAUUCAACACCAAUGCUAUUUUCUCUGCUUAAUUGUAGUGACUUUUUUUUUUUGAUACCUGAUUUACCAAAUAUUGUGUGGCAAACUAACUGAGCUUUUGGCAAUGUUACUAUUCUCUCUUGGAGUGCAUAAAAAAUCUUUAUAAAUUGCAGUGUCUUAAUUUCAGUGCAGUCAAGGUGAACAGAUGGAUCAGAAAGUCAGCAUUAUCUUUUCAGACUGUCAGUCCAUGUAACGAUUUCCUGUGAUCGAUGGUAGUGCAAUGUGCUAUUUCCAGCAAAUACUCCAAAUAGCACUUGGGAGCUAAAAAAUGUUUUAUUUUUAAAUGUUGGAGCCAAUUGUCUGAUCUUAUUCUUUCAGAAUUGUUCUUGGAACGUUUAUUUGUGCACGUGGUAUUUUAGUAUUACCCCAGCAUUCACGCUAAACUGUUUACAUUGGGAAAAGGAUUGCUUGCUUGACUCCUAUUCACUGAGCAAUUUUUCUUGUCAUGUUGAAAUAUAAAAAUGGAAAUUUUGAAAAUGAAUGGUAGAUACCUGAGUAUGCACCAGUGAUUUCUGUGUUUGGUAAUUCAUGUGCUAACUGUAUUUGUGAAAUAAUUUUGUGUAAUAAUUAGGAGGCAUUCUGAUUAACCUGAAAUUAAAAGUUAAUCCUGUGAUUUGUUGACAGCUGUAUAUUGUAUAUGUGAUCAGGUCCUUCAACAAAACAAUGGCUCAACUCAGAUGUAUUUAGUUAUAAUUAAAUAUUUUAAUGUGAAACCAAGUUGGGUCCAGAUGUUCAAAAAUGCAUUGAACAGUUCCAGAUUUAGUUUUAGUUAUAUUUUUCUUUUCUUUUUGUUUAUUCUAAAUGUGCUUCUUUGAAGACAGGUCAAUAAAUCUUUCCUAAUUAUUGUA